AUGCGUUUCUCCCCAAUUCUGCUCGUGUCGAGUAUCGCCACCAGCGUCCACGCUUUUUAUCCAUAUGAGAUCAAAAUCAGUGCCACCGUCGGUGCCCCCUCAGAGGAGAAGGUCAUUCCCCGCUUCUUCCCCUGGAGAUUAGUCGAGCAAGCCUCCGCCGACGAUGCCUCGCCCCCCCAACCCUUCACACUCGGCAUCAAGAAGGGUCCCGCCCGUCGCGGUGACACCUAUGCAAUCGUCAAGUCCAACACACCGACCAUGAAGAACAGCGCUGCUCUCGACCAAGAUGGGGAAGACUUUUCCUACUUUGCCGUGGUGGACGUCGGGUCUCAGAAGCAACAGAUGUGGAUGGCCUUGGAUACCGGAUCACCCAGCAGCUGGGUCUUUAGCGCUCUGUGCCGGGAUAGUGUCUGCCAACGUCACCACAAAUUUGACAAAUCACAGUCAAGCUCCUACAGCUCCUCCGACUCGGUGUUCACCAUCGGCUACGGCAGCGGUACAGUGAGUGGGAAUUUGGGAACAGACACCUUUGGCUUGGCGGAUAUGGAUGUGACCUUGUCGUUUGGCACGGCAACUUCUGCGAACGACACAUUUGCCAGCUAUCCCUUCGACGGUAUUCUGGGUCUGGGGCGCUCGCGGACCGGCGGCUGGGGAAUUCCCUCGUUUAUGGAUGUCGUCGCCGACAAGAAAUUGCUCCCGGCCAACAUUGUCGGCUUCAGCCUGUCGCGCGCCAAGGACCACAAGAAUGACGGGGAAGUCAAUUUUGGAGCAGUGGACACGACCAAAUUCGAUGGCAACAUUUCUUACAUCCCCACCAGCACCAAGACGUGGACGAUCCCCAUGGACGACGCCUAUGUCGACGGGAAACCGCUAGGACUCACCAACCGGGCUGCUACCAUCGACACGGGUACGACUUAUAUUCUGAUCCCUCCGGCCGAUGCUGCAGCCCUGUUCGCACACGUCCCCAAUUCCUAUCGCUCAGGGGAAAACUUUAUCAUUCCCUGCAACUCCACUGCCACCAUCGAAUUCGCCUUCGCCGGCAUCAAGUACUCCAUCUUGCCAGAGGACUACAUCGGUGCAUCCAGCACCGGAGGAUGUGUGGCAACCAUUGUUGGCCACGAGUCCUCCGGACCGAACGACUGGCUGGUGGGCGAUGUGUUCCUGAAGAACGUUUAUUCAGUCUUUGAUUUUGACAAUGGACAUAUUGGAUUCGGAGCGCUCGCUUCCCCCAACUCAACUGGCAACGGCACUGCUGUGAUUCCCACAGCGACGGCGUCUGCUGGUGCCGCCAUGACUACUGUCGCUGGGGCCCCCUCUCGCCCCCCUUCAAAUACAUCGGCCGCGGCAACAUCGACAAUCGAUACCGUGAUGCACACGGGUGCUGCGACUCGCAUCACUCAUAGUGUUGGGUUCUCCUUCAUCGCAACUCUCACCGGCAUCCUCUUCAUCUAG